CUGCGCAACUCAGCGUAUCGUCGAUCCGCUUGUAUAUGCCUCAAAGGCAAACAACCUUCACUAUGCGUUGCCUGUCACGCUUACCGCAGGCGGCGAAGGUGAUGUGGCCUCGUGCCCGCCUUCUUCCGUAGAAGCUGCAAGAACGCAACCACGCCCUUUACUAACAAAUACCACCCACAGAGGCUACGAUGCAGCAGGAGAAUGAGCGUAUGAAGCUGAAAGAUGGCCGUACCCUAUCCUACGCUGUUUACGGCAGUCCGGUACCCCAAAAGACAAUAGUCUUCAUGCAUGGCUGCCAAUCGUCGCGCUACGAAGGCAAGCUCUGGCACUCGGCUUGCGCCCUACACAACGUCCGAAUCAUCGCCCCCGACCGUCCUGGCAGCGGCCUAUCAACCUUCCAAACCAACCGCCGUAUCCUCGACUGGCCUGCCGAUGUGCUUGCCCUGGCCGACCACCUCAAGAUCCACAACUUCUACGUACUGGGUGUAUCUGGAGGCGCACCUUACGUACUGGCCUGCGUGAAGGAGAUAUCGAAGGACCGCUUGAUGAGCGCUAGCAUAGUCAGCGGCUUGUAUCCAGUCAAGUUGGGGACAGCAGGCAUGACGUUUCCUUCGCGCAUUGUCCUAUGGGCAGCGCCAUGGAUGACUGGUCUGGUCACCACCUUGUUCGAUAGUACCAUGGGCAAGGCGAGUCGCAACGACGAUCCGAAAGUUCUAGAGGAAAUGAUUGCCAAGGAGAUCCAAUGUCGACAUCCCAGCGACCAAGAAGCCAUCAAAGACAAAACUAACUGGCCCAUCUACGUAGCCAUGACCAGGGAAUCGUUUUAUCGAGGGAGUGAAGGCGUAAGCUGGGAGGCAAAAUUGAACGGCAGCGACUGGGGCUUCGAGCUUGGACAAUUGUACGUUGGGGACAAUGGCAUCCCUCUUACGCUGUGGCAUGGUCGGGAGGACCAGAACUGCCCUGCUGCAAUGGCCCAGAAGGCCAAGGACCUGUUGCCAGGCACCUCGCUACGCCUGAAGGAUGGCGAAGGUCCGAUGAGUUAUAUAUUUCAGAACGCCGAUGACAUAUUGGAGGCUCUGAUGGGUAAGACUGAGAGUGAGGAGUACAUGGUGGUAGGCGCUGCGUAAUCACUUCUCGCCAGCUGUUUGUACAUCUCUCGGUACAAUAAUUUAUCUACCAACUGUUCAUUGUCAGCAUCUCGUGUUGAAAACUUGGAUAACAAGAGCGAACUACAAUCAAUGUAAUCGUAUUGAAAUUAGGUUCCCGUCUGCCACGCAUGUAGCGUGGUCUAAAUAGUGUCCAGCGAACGUAGUAAUAAUGGUAUCAUGCAGAAAAGAAAA